CCUUCCGGUUGCACUGCACUUCCGGUUUGCAGAGCAGUCACGUGAUCGGUGAUGUCACGGAUGACGGUAAGGAACUGGGCGCUAGCCUGUCUCGGUGACAGCGAGGGAACGCUAUGUGAUCUAUUCAGUCGCAGCAACUGACUGGAGAGACGCACCCAAGGAGCAAGAUGCCGGGUUUGUUGCUGUUCGCCAGGCGCUGGGCUAUAGCCAGUGAUGACCUGGUGUUUCCCGGAGCCUUUGAGCUGUUUAUCAGGCUGAUCUGGUGGAUCGGAAUGUUAGUGCUUUAUUUUGUCCACAAAGGGCAUUUUGAUUGUGUUGGAGGAGCCAUUCUGCGCAGUUACCUGAUUGUUUUGAUUGUCUUGCUGGCAUCAAUAAUAUGUGUGGUCUCUGCCAUUGUGUAUGUCAGCAUGCAAGGAACAAUCGCCAACCCAGGGCCUCGGAAAUGCAUGCCCAAACUGGUGUAUAUCCGGUUGGCCCUCUAUGUGCCAGAGUUUGUCUGGGCUGUGCUGGGAGCCAUCUGGGUGUCAGACAAUCGAAUGCAAUGUGAUCGGGUGGUGGUACAUGUCAUACUCUUUGCAGUCAUAGCUAGCUGGGUCAUUAUACUCCUCACAACAAUAGCCAUAGUGCUCGUGUUUGACCCACUCGGCCGCAAGAAGACUUUGUACAGACCCAGUGACCUGCAGAACCUGGAGAGCAGCCAGUCAGAGCAAGUGCUUUACAACGUCAGGAAGGCAUCCACCCGUGUGUGGGAGACUCGCAUCCGACUCCUUUGCUGCUGCAUAGGCAAAGACAAUGACAACAGAGUGGCUUUCUCCAAUAUUGCGGAGCUUCUCAACAGCUAUUUCUCUGACACAGAUUUGGUUCCCAGUGACAUCGCUGCAGGCCUCACUCUCCUGCACCAGGAACAGGAUAAAGUGGAGCUUAGCAGGGACCCAGAGGAAGUGAUGUGCCAUUCACCAACACACAAUACAAGCGACAGUUUAGAAAUAGAGUUGGAUAAAGCGGCACACUACAUGCAGUUUGCAGCAGCUGCCUAUGGCUGGCCCUUGUAUGUCUACAGCAACCCGCUCACUGGCUUGUGUAAACUCUGUGGAGAGUGUUGCCAGAACAGAGCAUCUCAGUAUGAAUUUGUGGGUGGGGACAGGUUUAACUGCCAAUUUGGCUCCAUUUUGCAAACCACAGGACUCCAGCACCGGGAUUUCAUCUACAUCAGCUUUCACAACAGGAUCUACGAAAUCCCCUUCUUUGUUGCUCUUGACCAUAAAACUGAAUCCAUACUUGUAGCAGUGAGAGGCACUUUAUCUCUAGAGGACGUUCUGACAGACCUCUCCGCAGACUGUGAAAAUCUCCACAUAGAGGGGGUGACCGGAGAAUCCUUCGCACAUAAGGGUAUAACACAAGCAGCAAGUUACAUAUACAGGAGGCUUGUAAAUGACGGCAUCUUAAACCAGGCUUUCACCACUGCACCCGAAUACAAACUUGUCAUUGUUGGACACAGCUUGGGAGCAGGAGCAGCAGCAGUGUUGGCGAUCAUGCUGCGCAGUUCCUUCCCUGUCCUGAAGUGCUAUGCAUUUUCACCACCAGGGGGUUUGCUAAGCAAAGGCCUUGCAGAUUAUUCCAAAAAUUUCAUUGUUUCCAUAAUAGUUGGGAAAGAUCUGGUGCCAAGAUUGAGUUUACCUAACAUGGAAGAUCUUAAGAGAAAAAUACUGAGGAUGGUUGUCAACUGUAACCGCCCUAAGUACCAGAUCCUGCUUCGGGGUUGCUGGUAUGAAAUAUUCGGAGGGACUCCAGAUGACUUCCCAACAGAACUGGAUGGUAGAAACUUUGAAGCUUUCUCCCAACCCCUUCUUGCUGAGCAAAGCCUAAUGGUGCAUAAAUCAUCAUCUUAUAAUACCUUGACAGAGGAUUCUCCUUCAGGGUCUCCACAAUAUCCUCUCCUCUUCCUGCCAGGAAAGAUCAUCCAUAUAGUUGAAGAGAGAAGAUCGGGAUGCUUGUGUUUUUCCGAUGUGAAACACAGCGCUUCAUGGUCAAAGGAGACUUCAUUCAGCAGUAUCUAUAUCAGCCCCAGGAUGAUCACCGAUCACAUGCCGGACAUUGUUCUGAACGCUUUAAGAAGCUUGUGCCUGGAUCAAACCAGCUGCAGUUCCUGUCAAGCACCACCAGGUGUCUUAGCUACAAACCAAAUCUAGCCUGGGCUUGGCCUCCCAGCGAGACACCAUUACUGACGUUGAUCAAAGGGACUGAAUAUUUUCUAUAACAUUGGGAAGAAUCUCUUUGCACUUCAUUUUUUUUUUUAACUCUUGAAAGAAAGAACAAAGUACGUGAAAGCUAAUGGUAUCAAUGGCAUCCUGAAGCAUAUAGUGUUUUAUUUAUCAUGAAUCCUCGGGUGAAGACCUCGGCAUCUGAAAGUACAGAGAGUAACAGAGUGACAAAUAUUCCAUGUUCAACAACACACACAUCUAAGGUAAUAAAUAGGAGCACAAAGCUGUUCUGUGCCAAGUGUUGUGUAUUAACGUGGGCGUCUCACCAAGUGCAGACUGGUUUAUACAUGCACAGAAUAAUCUACAGACAGAGAUUUGACUUCUUAUUUCUGGACAGAUUCUGCUUGGCGGUUACCCUUGAACAUAUAAUCAGAAGUCGGGAAUAACGACUACUGAGCGGCUUGGACAGACGUUGGCUUUUUUUCAGUCAAGUCCUCGUGUGUUUGAAAGGUUUUUGUGGAUUUUUUUUUUUUAAACUUGUACGCUGUCUCAUAUUAAAUAUGUCGGCGGGGCUAGCGAAAUCCUAGUAUCUCAAUUGUGCAUCCUCUGGUGCCCUCAUAUCCCUCUCUGGUGCUCCAAAUCUAAGCACAACAAACACAGACUUCUAAGUAACCAGACACUGUGAUCAUCAAGUCCUAACUCCGAGCCUUCAUUAACUCCAACCUUAGCACAUUGCACAGCAAAGCAAACUCCACCCUGUUAGGCUUUGUGACAAGGAGCCACUCAUACAGAGGGUUUCUCAGUGGACUACUUAUUUGUUUUGAUUGUGCUCUGGAGAACAGGAAGUAGAAUGUGACUUUACUUUCAAUUUCAGUUUUUUUUUUCAGUGCAAGAUAAAACAACAUAUAAAAUACAGGUAUGGGACCCGUUAUUCAUAAAGAUCCAAAUUACGGAAAGGCUGUCUCCCAUAAACUCCAUUUUAUAUAAAUAAUCCAAAUUUUGAAAAAUGAUGUCCUUUUUCUCAAUAAUAAUUAAAUAUUACUUUGUACUUAA